UCGUCAGUUUCACACAAGUGGGGAACCAGUACACAACCUCUUAGAGUACAAGCAAGGAACUUUGUGGGCUUGCGCCAUGGAAACGUUAAAUUUAAAACCGUUAAGUAAGUAUCAAGAGUGGUCUCCGGAUGCGCAGGGGGCGGAGACCACCGAGGUGGGCGAGGCCGGCCUCGUCGCGUCCACUUCCUCCGAGGAGCGCCUCCUGCGCCGCGUCGUGGGCCGCUGGGGCGCCGAGUGGUUGAGCUGACUCGGCACUGGACCCAAGCACGCCGGCGCGCACUGGCCGGUCGACCACCCCCUGCCGCCACCGCGCUGGGGGGCCACGCGCCCGCCCCUCCACCUAACCCUCCAUCAGUACGAGGACCUGGUGGCGAAGGCCGAGGCGCUGAUAAGCCGAAUCGUCGUCUCAGAAAACUAUGACUCCGUUAAUAAUUUCCUGUCUCUUUACGACGCCUAUAUGGCCGCUCCUGAUCAAUCUCUUGAAGAGUUCUUCCCGAAGUACAAUCCUCCGAUCAGGGCGCACAAACACACUUGUGUCGGUCUGGGUAUGGAAGUCAUCAAGCGAUUGAAAGUUUUGGAGAAGGACUUCCCCGGUAUUAGCAAGUCUAUGAUGCUAGUAUCUUGCGAUGAGAAUAUCCAGGACUUGGUGGACUAUACGACCUCGUUCCCUGGACCUCAAGGGUUCCUGAUCGAGACUGAGAAGGACCACGUGAUGGCCGCUAUUCAUGUGAAGAUCGACGGCAGACCGGGCAUAUUCCUGUCGGAUCUCGGGUACCACAUCUCCCGUGUCGUCACUGCUAUGGCUGAUCGUUGCUAUCCACAUACUGGCUGGUUCACCCAAUCCGACGAGCCGCACUGCCGCAAGGACUACAACUAUCAGUUCAACCUGCAGAACCCCAACUACGUGGAGUGGCACGAGCGGGAGACCAGGGGCGACAAGGUGAAGGCCCAGGUGUCGCUCAUGUAUGUGGCCAAGCCGUAUCUCACCGCUGUCGAGGUCACGGAGAAGAGGAACUUGAUAUGGGAUCUAAGGAGUCUCCUAGCCAGGGACCCCAAAGGCCGCCUGACCGCAGGCAUCUACUUCCCCCUGAAGCCCAAGACGCAGGAGUUCACCAUGUUCUUCGAAAGCAGCAACGGCAAGCAGAGAAAGAAGCUCAAGUUCCAGACCUUCUUGGAGCUGCAGAAGAUCCCCGACGAAGUGGUAGAAGAAGUAGACGAGUGUAAUGAACAGCUCCGCCUGAAGGACGGCGAGCUUCUCUCCAUCCUCAAACGACUGGCCACCGUCGUCACCGACGAGGAGUAUAUGGCUGAAGUACUGGCUGUUAACAACAAGGUCGUACAACUGUCUGCUGGGCAGUAAACACACUGGCCGUUGAGAAAAAAGUACUAGCUGUUAGCAAUAAGAUCGUGCAACGCUGGUCAGUAAACAUACCUACAGGCCGUUUAGAAAAAAAAACAUCUGGUUGAUCUCAACAUGCUGGCCGUCAAGAAAAAAAAUCGACAAGUAAGAAAACGAUCUGAAAAGUAAACAAAACGCAAUAGCCGUUAAAAAAAUACCAAGUCGGAAAAUUUAGGAUCUGCAGUGUUACCAUUACGCUGAAGCUGCGUUUUGUUGUUCUUGAACAACAUAAAAUGGAGAACAUUGAAGUCAACCAUCUCGAAAUUUGAAAUCUGCUCCGUCCUGCAAAAAUUAGCUUCCAUUUUAACAGAAUUUAGUAAUUUGUCAAUUGUGGCCUUAUUAGCUAUAAUACCAAGUUGUAAAGAGAUUCUCUAAAUUUAUUAUUUUAUUAGAAAUGUACUAAUGUUCAUUACUUUCAUUAGAUGCUUAUUAUUUCAUUAGAGACCAUUUUAGGAGGUAUGUAGUUACUAGUGUUUAGUACUGAGACGUGUAAAACGAUAAGGCUUAUCGAGAAAUAAAAUGAUUAAAAACGUAA